GCCCAUGGUGGAAGGAAAUAUUCCACUAUGGACGUGCCGCAUUUUUUCAUUCAAGCUUUCUACAACAGCGAGAGCAGCUAGCUUCAAAUUUCAAUUCUCAAAUGGUUUUCAGAAUUUUAAUUGACAAUGGCCAAGGUAUUAACUCUGCUGAAGACGAUACGAAAUAAUUGGAAGAAAUCCAUGGUGGGAGCCGCGGCGUUCUCCUACGGAGUAUCAUACGGUAAACAAGCGUACGAUACGGAGCAAUUAAUGCGGCAGUGUUGCGAAGACGUAGCCAGAUACGGAGACACCUCUUGCCCUACGAACAUCAAGCCCCGUCAUGUGACCGUUAUUUUAAAUUCAGCUGCUAAGAAAAGAAAAGCUAAAAAAUUAUUCCAGAAGUACUGCGAGCCUCUAUUGCAUUUGGCCGGCAUCUCGAUAACUGUCAUCGACACACAAUCAGGAAGCCAUGCUCGUAACGCAAUAAUGAAUCUGGAAACACCUACCGAUGCUAUUAUUGUAGCGGGAGGGGAUGGUACCUUGUCGGACGUUGUAACUGGUUUGAUGAGAAAGUACGAGCACAAUCUUCAUUUGGUCAGACAAUGCCCUAUUGGUGUUUUACCAUUGGGAAGCACAAAUACAAUCGCGAGCAUGUUUUAUCAAAGAUACGAAGAUUUAAUCGACAUACACCACAUGAUCGAUGCGACAAUGGCAAUUAUUAACAAUAAUCUUAAAUUGAUAGAUACCAUUGAAAUCAAAUUACUUAACAACGAUCCAGAAAAUUCCAUAAAGCCAGUUUAUGCAGUUGGAGGCAUAGAAUGGGGAGCUUGGAGCGAUACGCACGCGUGCAUUGACAAAUAUUGGUACUGGGGUUCCUUACGCAAGUAUGCAGCUUAUGUGUUCAGUGGUUACAAAUCAAAGUUGAACUGGAAGUGCAAUGCAGUAAUGAAGUAUACAAAUCCUUGCAAAGGAUGUUCACAUUGUUAUUCCAAAGAUUUGUCUUACAAUCAAUCUGCGAAUUCCAAUAGAAGAUGGUGGCAUGCAUUUCUACCAAAAAGACAAACACUUGGUUCUGACAAUCAUGUCGAUUACAGUAAAGUAAUGAAUGAAGAUUGCGGUUUAUUUUAUGAGAUGCCUAUUUCAACAACAGAACUAUGCAUAAAAACUGAAAAUGUAUCAGUUCAAUCAGCGCCUUUAUUAAAAAUAGCUCUAGGCCCAGAAAAUAUUAGUUAUGCCACAUUUGUUGAGAAAGGAUGGAAACGAGAAAGGGACAAUGAAUUGCCAAUAAAUUCAAUAUUAGAUGCAAAAUAUAUUGAAUUAUAUCCUGAAACAACGAAUGAAGAUCAGAUGUUUUAUAUUGACAACGAAGAAUAUGAGCUAAAGCCAAUUCAAAUGAAAUUACUUCCACAGUCUGUAACAAUUUUCUAUCCCGGGUCAAAUAGCUAAUAACAUUUACAAUUAGAAACAAUUUAAAACUAUUUUCAAAACUAUCAAAAGCGGCAUUGUAAUGCUCAUACCACAGUAGAAAAGGAAUGAGAAAAAAAACAGACAUUGUUGAACUAAAUGUUAUGUAAAGAAAUGACUUUUUUUUUAUAAAAAAAAAAUAAUUUAUUGUCGGGUACAAAAAAUAUUUCAACUAUAACGAUCGUUAACUUUUAUACAUUCAUGCGUUAAUGUAAUUUCUAAUUAUACUAAAAAUUUGUGUCAGAUCAUGUUUAUAUUACAACUUAAUUAAAUUGUCUUAAAUGUUAAUCUUGAAAACUA